AUGGCCGCCGCUACCCAACCCCGGCCAUACCGGCGAAUCCUCACCUCGGCGUUGCACCGGCGGUUUGUCCAUGCAUCUGCGCUCUCUCUACUCGUCUGCUAUGUCGUCUCAAUCGCAAUUGGCGACAAGACAUCCUUUUUCUGGACAUGGUUCCCUAUCGGUCUGUGCGGGCUCCGCGCCGUCAUGAUCUUCCUUUCAGUUCUCCUCGUAUUCGUCCUCCGUGUUAGCCAGAUGCACUUGGGUCCCAGAACAACGCCGUCGUCACUCAGCACCUUCCGAUACUUGUUCCCCCUUCAAGUUGCGCACACCUUCUGCUGCUAUCUCUUCUCGGCUUGGUGGUUUACUGAGUUGUAUCUCUGGUCCUCCUCGAAGGAGGCGCAGCUGGAUAUUGUCAAACGGGGCAGAUCACACGAGAGGCCUCUCCUCAACGAACGCCCCAUUUACAUUCAUACCUAUCACCUGCUCUUGGCCUGCGCCCAGGCUACGGCCCACCUCUACUACGAUUACGAUCAAAUCCCCGUCCCCGUCACCCUACGAUCCACGAAGUCCACCGACCAGCGCACACAUCAGGUUCUGCCGACCUCGAAAUACAUCAAGAGUGCCCUCCCGCAGCGUAUCAAGUGUGGCUUGAUGAUGAGCGUGAUUGUCGCCGGAGCUACCCCGUUCCUCUACCUUAUAUUCCUACGCCAGAGUGCUUGGAGUUUGUCUUUGUACUUCGCCAAGCUCAUUUGGAGCUUUUCCCGCUCUGCGGCUCAGCCUGACACGUUCUUCCCCCCUGGGUUCGGACCUCUGAUCAUUCGUUCUCUCAUUUCAGGCUCUUUGCUGGUUCUCAGCUGGCAAUCAGCCAAUCUGUUUUUCUCCGUUUUCCUCGGCAAGGAACCUCUGAAGCGCGGGCAGCCCCUCACGGCAGAUGCAAAGGAGCCAAAUGCCAGUCUAUUGUCAGGUCUGAAGGCCAAGAAGCCCAUUGUCAAGGCAUUUGCUCUUUGGGAACUUGGUCUUAUCAGCCAACGUCAGCCUGAUCGCCGGAAGACGAUCUUCAAUGAAAUUGAUGGAGAUAACGGCUCCACUUGGAGUCAGAUUCUGGUUUGUGCGAAAGAAGAAAUCCAGGGAAUUAAUAACCGGAUCGAAGCCCACAAGGCUCCUAAGCCUGGUGCUAAACCUGCUGGACAACCAAAUGGUUCCAAGCCUGAACUACACACUCUGCCACGGCUGACAGAUGCGCCUAAGGAUCAAAAUGUUUUCGCAACGGCACCAAAGGCGACUUCUCGCCAUGAGAAGUUUGGCGAGGCUUUCGGCUCAACGGCCAAAGCAUAUGGACAGUCGCCAGACUGGACACCCACGGCGCGGGCUCGUGCCCGAGAGGUCUUCGAUAGGGCUUCUACAGCAAUGCUCAGCCCAGAGCGAAAGCAAAAACUACUAGCUUCCACCCAGGAGUUGAAGCGCCUUACUGGUGGCCCUUCCACAACUUACAAGCCUGAAGACGUGCAUCCCAUCAUCGGUCAAGUUCUCCAAUGGUGUCGGCCGCUGCGACAAACAUAUGCCCAACGAGCAUCGAGUGUCGUCUUCGGGUCUCCUGAAUCCUCCUUCACCUCCAUCGUGGAUGCCGUUGAUUGCUUGACGCGUAUGCUGAUUGCUAGUCUCGAUGAAGAUCAGUACGGCAAAGUCCAGACUGAUGUUCCAUCGGUGGUUAGCCUAUUUACCCAGACUAUCAUGACCCUCGAUGCGUUUGUGCACCAGGGUGGACUUGAUGCACACUGGACAGACGUCAAAUUCCCUCCCUCUAGCCAGCCUCAGGCGCAAGCAGAAGCACGCAAGAUUCCCGAAGUGGAGUUGGUGCUCGAUACCCUGCAGAGCGGCCUGCGUGACCUUCUGGAGGCAUUCAAGCCUUAUCUGCGGGAUAUUGGUGUCACUGGCAAAGACCUUCGUCUCGCGAAGGAAGCAGCUGGUAUUGAGGAGGAUGAGUUUGCUCUAUGA